AUGGUCAGCUCUUCGGUGAUAAUCAAACAUCCAAGUAUUUCAUAUUUGUUCUUCUACGACGUCACGAACCUCUUGGUGUCAGAGAAAGCGAAGGCCAGCCCGAGUGGUACGGCACAUUUGAGUUUUGGCUUGACUCCUUCCGACGCUUUAAAAUCAUGCCGGAACACCAUCGUGAAGAUGUUACUCGUCGUGCCAAUAAUAAUGUGCCAUGACGAUGGCGUUGAAGGCGGGAAAGAGAUCCGCUUCGCAAGCCGGCUGCCGCGAGGGAGGGAAGAAGCAACCAGGGUCUGGAUUCGCUGUUUGUUUGAUGAUGAAAUCGGUGUGCUUGAUGAAGAAACUUUGCCGCGAUGUCUUGCCGGUGGGAUAACAGAAAAGAAAAGAGAUUCUUUGGGCAAGAAGCGCAAGGCUAUUAAUAAUCUCUUUCGAUUUGCAUACUUCAUGACCUCCAGUGCUCCACCACUCCUGGGCCCAGGCACGCUGCUAACAAGACGCAGCAACACGGGCAUGGGCAGGACCAUCUACGAGAGAGAGCAGGCAAUCCUCGGGAGAAGUAGUGCCGACAUGUGGGGCAGGCGAGAUGGUAUUCUAUUGGUGUGGUGGAAAUAUCAUUCUGAGCGCAAUCAGUAUUAUUGCCAAGGCGUCGCGCUCGGCGUCCAAAUGGCGCCAGAUCGCAUUGCAUUGUUUUCGAAUGCUGUUAUAAGUCGUCUGUUGACCUUUUUGCUGGUCGUGUACAAACUACCAAGUGGUGUCUACCAACUUUCGAGGACCGAAGCCGUGCUGCUGCUCUUCCCCGAUCCGCGAAGAAUAGUUUCACCGUCCAAGUCACAAAACGAUCAAGCGAAGUGGGGCCAUGGCGAGAUGGAACGUUCCCCGAAGCGCCUAUGUUCCCAGGACAGCGGCCGCUGGGCUGGAAAGCAGGAACGCCAAACGAAUCUCAAAUGUGCCUCACAAACAGCCAGCAACACCCUGGAGGCGGCUGUCGGAUUGCAUUUCGAGACGCACUGGCAAGGAGUUGAUGGAGGGCAGGAUUCCAUUGCUGCUCCGGAAACACGAGUGCAUGACGCUGGCGACGGUGUGUGUGGGACCGGCACCGGGACCGUUGGGGACAUAGUAUACUUUGUUCUGGUCAGCCCGAUUGAGCAUCGCGUGGUUGGCAAGAUGGGUCGAGAUGCAUGCGUGCGUGCGUGGCAAGGUCAUGUGGCGGUGAGCAGUGCAAUGGGUGCCGCAAGCAGUGGAGUAGUAUUGGACUUGCGAAGCGUGGAUAGCAGUGAAUUCACCUCCAAUCACACUUCACCCCGCGCGGCUUUUGUCUAA